GAAAUUUCAAGCAAACAAAUACGAGUUCGUGAGUUGCAGUUUGUUUUGAUAUGGGGCCAAGAGUCUUUCGAUCAUGAUGGUUUAUGAGAUCAAAGUGGAUAUAUCGAUCAAGAAUCAAACUUGUUGAGGAACUCCAGUCCUGUCCAUCCCAUGUAAAUAUGUCUGUCUCCUGAAGAAUUGUUGGUGUUGGGUUGAGUGUGGUGGCAGAGGGUUUGUUUCUUAUUUGUUCUCAGCUUGUUCCUCGGAUUCCAGGAUUCAGCCAUCUUCCUUGUUGUUCCUUCCGAUGUAUCCUUAUCCUGCUGUGAAAACAAUUGUGCUUCCGUCGAUUAGCCUUUGCUCGACUUGUUCUUCGUAAUCAAUAUCAUCUGUCCCCUGUUUUCUUGGACUUCAACGCUAUACAUAGAGGGAAGAUGUCUUUGACUGACCGGCCGAUCAGAAACCUGGUUUUCCCACUCCUGGCUGUCUUGACGGCGCUUUGGCUUCGUCCGAUCCUCAAACGAGUACCUGCACCUGAGUUGCCAAGGCUUCAGCUGAAAUCUCUAAAUGGUACUCAGCACUCAAACGACUCAUGCAAGAUCGUUCAUCAUCCUUCAGGUUCGCUGAAGUACUGCGAAGAUCUCUUGCAUUGGAAAGAUGCCGGCGUGGCCAUUGCAAGCUGUGAUCAAGGUCGCCCGGAGUGGAAUACCGUCCUGGGACCACUCAAGAAUCCCGAUCCAAGAGGUCAACUGUUUGUAUACCACAUCCUCGAAAACGAGCCCACUCAGCAAUCCCAUGACCGGGUCUACGAGCUCGAUUUAACUGGCUUUCCGGCCGGUCAAGAUUUCCAUCCGCUUGGUUUGGAGCUUCAUCAGCUCAACAAAAACUCUGCCAGACUCUUCCUGGUCAACCACCGUAGAGAUAGGAGUGUGAUCGAAGUCUUCAAGCUCGAAUUCAACUCGCCAUCUGAAGAUUCAAAGGCUCGAAAGCUAUCUCUCACGUGGGAACGCACAUUGGCUCAUCACUUGAUCUCAACUCCCAACGCUAUUGUCGCAAUCGAUUCGAACUCCUUUCUUGUCACCAAUGACCACUACUUCAAUCGUCGUGCCCACCCCGCCCUUCACAUUCUUGAAACCUGGCUAACUAUCAGGGGUGGUAGUGUGGUAGAAGUAAGAUUCACUGAUCAGCCGAAGGAAAAGCUCCAUAAAACCGACCAUGAUAUCGACGCUGCUGCAUGGGAGAAUGUGGAGGCCUGGAAGACGAUUGAAGGGAUCCCGUUUGCAAACGGCUUAACAUUAAAUCCAAGUAAAUCAACCCUAGUCGUAGCGUGCUCGAUCACUCAAAACCUGUGGUAUUACCACCAAGUCAAGCCUGUGGGCUCGAACCAGCGACUGGCGUUCAAUCCGAUCGGCUCACGAAAGCUCAGCUUUGCGCCCGAUAACAUCCACUUUGAUGGGCCACAAAGGUUGAUCGCUGCUGGUCAUCCCCAUGGCCUGAGCUUGCUCAAAUUCUCAUGGAACCUUCAAAAUGCUAAACCGGCUGGUAGCUCCGUUGCCGUCGUCUUACACUUAUCCGAUCCCGACGAACCAUUGAAUCCUCACCGAACUCAGGUUCAUAACGUCUUGGUCGAUGAUGGCCAGUUCUUCGCCUCUUCGACUAGCGCUAUCAUCAUUCCUAAAUCCGAAUUGAAUCUUCAAUCUGAUUCACGCGUCGAUUCCGAUCAUCCGAAUCCCGAAAAUAAGUUGAUUGUCACUGGACUUUAUCAGACUGGUCUAUUGGAAUGCAAUUUAGCUUCAGCUUGACACCCCAAUCUUCCACCACUUAAUCUUUUUUGUUUGUUACUACACAUACCCAUGUAUUUGACAUGUCUUUCGUCCCAUGAAAUAAUAGAUCAAACACAUACCGGGCGGCUUCAGUUGUGUUUUCCCUGCAGUAUUCAUGCACCUUAUAAAGAUACUCAAAGUCAUGAAGUAGUAAUGAGACUAGCUUAAGCAUUUCAACUCAAGAAAAAUUCAACAAAUGAAAAUUGAUUGGUG